CGAUCCCUGCCCCGGGGCCACCGGGACCGGCGACUCGGAAGGGUCGGGGGCGAUCAGCCGGGACUCCGGGCUGGGGUGCUGAGUCUUGGCUGCCUUCGAGCCUCCCUGGGAAGGCUGGGGCAUUUGAGCGCCCUCCACACCCACCCGGGUGACUUUGGCGGCUGCACUCCCCUGGCCGCCGAGGACGGGGAUCGGUCCCUGGAGGCGAAGGCGCGCGGGUCUGGACCCCUGUCCGGAGACCGAGCUAGGUCGCGGGCCACCGCCGUGUUGGACCGGGUCGGCUGAGUUAGCUCUAACUGCUCAGACUCCCGGAUACGCUGCGCCCCCGCUGGAUACCCGCCCGCCCAAGAGCGCGCAGCUGGGGGCGCCGCGCCGGGUCCCUGCCCCGCGGGGACACUGGACUCGCCCCUCCUGACAGGGGCGCGGGGUUGGCGAGGACCGAGGACGAGGCGGCUCUCGCUCCCGCACACUUGCUCCUGCCGCGCGAAGUUCAGGUGGGAAGGCGCGCCCGGCACUUGUGCAAGUUCGGGGAGGAAGCUGGGGGGCUGGCGGGUCUCCUCCCGCCGCCGCGGUGCCCCAGCCCGGGGCCGCGGACUCCGGGUUUAAUCCUCCGACUGAACACCAGGAGUCUCCCUCCACGGCUGAUCGCCGGCUCUCGCCGCUGCCUCCAGCGGAGCCGCAGUGCGGCGCUGAGGCUUUCUCCCGGCGCCCGGGACCCCGACCGCGCUCGCGGGGGGUGUCGCCGCGGCCGCGCGAGGAGAGCCGAGUCCGCGGGCCAGGAGACCUCCACUUUGGAUUCCAGCAGACACCUUCCCUCGUUAGCCCCCUCCCCCGCCCCGGGGAGCUUUGUGCAGCGGAGGGCGGGCAGGCUCUGAAGCCCGGGACCUCGGGGUGAGGGGGCGGGGCCUGGCGACCCCCGGUCCCACCUCGACCCGCCCGCGGUAGGGGCGCCGGGAGGGGCGAAGGGGUGCGUGGCUGCUCCCAUUGGUUCUGCCCUGAGAUAAGGCCGACGCUCCCGGAGGCAGAGGAUCCGGCCCUUCCCCGGCGCCCGCACGGUAGUCCCGGGUGUCCCCGCACAGCGGGCGGCGGCCCCUCCGCAGCUCAGCGCGCGCCCUCGCCCGUCGCCGCGACCCGCAGAGCCCCGCGGCGCGUGGAGGCGGCCGCCUGCGCCUCGCACGGCUCCCCGCCCUGCAGCCGCCGCGGUCCAUCCAGAUAAGGACGCCGCUGCGGGCUCGCGUGCCGCCCGCGGGGACCUCCCACUCCCGGCGCCGCCGGACGCCGAGCGGGGCUCCCUGGGGAUUACGGCGGACGCGGUCGUGUGGCCGGACGGGCCGGGGGCUCGGGGCCCGUGGAGCCUUUUUUGCGGCCCAGCCCGGGCGUUUUGUUCGCGGAAGAAGCAGAAGAGACAGGGGAGAGGUUCUGGUGGCUUCCAGAGAGUGGCUUAACUGGAAUCCGAAGUGAUAGCAUCGGAAGCGAUAGUAGAGGUCAUGUAAUGUAUCCCAGCCUCCUAAUUUUACAAAUGAGAAACUAAAGUCUAGUGAGGUGAAGUGACUUGUCUAAAACGGUUUGGAAGAUGACACACAACGCAGCUGCCUUUGUCCCUGGUGGCAGACCAGCGUGUGAAAAAGCAUGACGCAAGUUUGAGGUUUGUGUCUGCGUCCUCAAGGUCAAGAAAUUAUCUCCUUGGAAGGCAACAAUACUAUGCAUGUUAUGAAUUGUGUCUCCUUGGUCAGUGAUAAAGAAAAUGGGACUAUCGCCACAGCAGCUGGAUUCAUGAUUGAGGAAACACCGCCCCCGCCUCCUCCUCCUCCUCCACCCCCUCCACCUCCACCAUGUCCAUAUUCAGAGGAAGUGUUUGCUCCCUCUCUUCCCCCUCCCCCACCACAUGCACUCCCCGGGGGGCCUCCGGUCCCUCCUCCCCCUCCAGAACUGCCCCCAGCAUCUCACUUGAACGGCUACAGCCACCUCGGUAAGAAAAAGCGGAUGAGAAGCUUCUUUUGGAAAACCAUUCCGGAGGAGCAAGUGCGAGGCAAAACCAACAUCUGGACCUUGGCAUCCAGGCAGCAGCAUCAAUACCAAAUAGACACGAAGACCAUCGAGGAGCUCUUCGGGCAGCAGGAAGAUGCCACCAAGCCUUCCCUUUCCAGGAGAGGAGGAUCUUUAAAUUCGUCCUUCAAGGAAGCGAGAGAGGAGAUAACUAUCUUGGAUGCAAAACGGAGCAUGAACAUUGGGAUAUUUCUUAAGCAAUUUAAGAAGUCUCCUCAGUCCAUUGUAGAAGAUAUUCAUCAAGGAAAGAGCGAGCAUUAUGGAGCAGAGACAUUGCGAGAAUUUCUUAAACUGUUGCCAGAGUCAGAGGAGAUAAAGAAAUUAAAAACAUUUAAUGGUGAUGUGUCCAAGCUGUCCCUGGCAGACUCCUUUCUGCACUGCUUAAUUCAGGUGCCAAACUAUUCGCUUCGGAUUGAAGCCAUGGUGCUAAAGAAGGAGUUUUUACCUUCUUGCUCUUCUCUGUACACGGAUAUAAGAAUUCUAAGAAUGGCUAUACAAGAGCUGAUGUCAUGUGAGGAGCUGCAUUCCAUAUUACACUUGGUGCUACAGGCAGGAAAUAUCAUGAAUGCAGGAGGGUAUGCCGGCAAUGCAGUAGGAUUUAAGCUGUCGUCUUUGCUCAAAUUGGCAGACACCAAAGCAAACAAACCUGGGAUGAACCUUCUGCACUUUGUUGCACAGGAAGCCCAAAAGAACGAUGCCAUUCUUCUAAACUUUUCUGAAAAAUUACAUCAUGUUCAGGAGGCUGCUAGGUUGUCUCUGGAUAACACGGAGGCAGAGCUGCACUCGCUGUCUGUCAGGACGCGGUCGCUGAAGGAAAACAUCCGGCGGGAUGAUGAGCUCCGUCAGCAGAUGGAAGAGUUCCUUCAGUUUGCUGUAGAAAAGCUGACCGAACUAGAACACUGGAAACGGGAGCUCCAGGACGAGGCCCACACCCUCAUAGAUUUUUUCUGCGAAGACAAAGAAACCAUGAAACUGGAUGAGUGCCUUCAGAUAUUUCGAGACUUUUGCACCAAAUUCAGCAAAGCGGUUAAGGACAACCACAACCGGGAGGUACAGGAGCUGAGGCAGCUGCGGCGGCUGCAGGAGCUGGAGCAGAAGCGGCAUUCCUGGGCGACCGGGGAGCUGGUGGGAUUCGGCCGGAGCAGCAGUGAGAAUGACGUGGAGCAGCUGGGCAAGAAGGGUGCGGAGGACCUGCCCCCCUUCCUGCGCCGCAGGCCCAUCAGCCCCUCCUGCCGACGCCCCAACACCCGCCGCUCCCGCCUCUCCCUGGGCGCCUCCGCUGACCGGGAGCUGCUGACCUUCCUGGAGAACUCCGUGGGCAGCCCUGAGGAGGCCAACAAGUUCAACAGCUUGCCCCGGAGCAGCCCUCGGCAGGCCCGGCCCGCGUCGGCCUGGAGGGAGUCUGGGGAGCUGAGGGACCAGGGCUCUGGCCGCACACACAGACCUCAGGCCUCUGCAGGCCAGGAGGGAGCCCCCGACCCACCCUCGGCUUCCUGUGGCCAGCUCCUCGCGCCCCAGAUGGAAGACUCUGCUCCAGUUUUGCUCCGAACUCGGCGUAGCGGGCUCAGCAUGCUCCAGAAGAGGAACAGCGAGCCUGUGGGCCUGGCAUCUCCCUGGUCCCCUCCACUCUCGCCACUGGCUCUGGGAAUUAAGGAGCACGAGCUGGUGACCGGGCUGGCCCAGUUCGACGUCCAGGGUCCCAAGGACCCAGAGGAGACGCCCCAGUGGAGCCUGACCAAUGUCAGUCCAGGGGAGCUGGCGUCUCCGGGGAAUGGGAGCCUGCAACCCCUCGGAGCUGACACUGGUGCUGGCAUUGAUGCUGGCAUUGAUGCUGGCAACGGUAGCCUGAUGCCUGUGGGUACAGGUGCCCAGGAGAGUCUCAGCGCCCAGGAGAGUCUCAGUGCCCAGGAGAGUCUCAGUGCCCAGGAGAGUCUCAGCGCCGCCCUGCAGGGUGACGGCGUGGCCCCUGACGAGCCCAGCAUCAACCCUGAGAACAAAGACGCUGGGCCUCUGUUCUACUUCUCGGAUACCACUGACUGCUCGCUGACCUUGGACUGCUCAGAGGAAACCAAUGCCAGGUCUGGGGGUGGGGAGCUGGGGGAGGCCGGCCAAGGGGAUGGCUCUGUGUCCUCUGGGGCAGGGGAGGCGGAUGGCAGCCAGGUGUCCUCCAACCCUCUCUCCAGCCCCCCUGGGGAGACCCCUGCUCCUGCUUCUGCAAAGACUGGGCCCAGCUGCAGGGGUGGCCUUUCCAGAGACAGGUCCUCCAAAGGGAAGGAAGUGACCACACCAAAGAGAAACUCCCUCAAGGAGGCGUCCCAGGGAGCCCCCAAGCCUGGGGCUCCCCCGCGAGGCCAGGGGACGGCGCCCAAGCCCGUGCGGACCUUGACCUCCUCGGAGAGCGAGAGCAUGCGCAAGGUCGUGCCCAUCUCGAGGGCCAGCAGGGGCUCCUCCGGCUGGAAGCAGCCGCCUCGGGAGCCGCCCAGCGGCACCCAGGAGCCGUGGUCACGCCGGAACUCUGUGAAGGACACCUCGGACACGUCACCCAAGAGGUCCUCGAAGGGGCCCGGGGUGGUCGCCGAGGUGACCGAGGAGCAGGAGCAGAGGCCGCUGCGAGGGAGGGUCGGCUCCUGCGGCACCCGGCCGGGCAAGGAGCCCGCCCUGCAGCCCAGGGGCUCCCUCAAGAAGCCCAGCGCCAAGCCCCUCCGGAACGUCCCCAGACAGAAACCCGAGGAAAAUAAGAUCUGCCGCUCCAAUUCCCAGGACCCCCAGAGCCCGGGAGAAGAGCCCAAGCCGCCUCCACCAACCCCCAGCGUCCCCCGUGUCCCGUCCCAGGUCCCAGGCUUUGCCCGAAACACAGUAGCCUCCUCAUCUCGGUUCAUGAAAACAGAUUCUCUCCCGGUGACCAAGGCCCCUGGCCUCACGCGGACCGUCUCCCACCGGCAGCUGAGGAUGAAGGGUGGCUCUGAGGAUGCGGUCCCCAAGGACAGCGGCACCCUGCGGCGGGCCAACAGCUCCCGGGCCCCCAAAAAGUGUCCUGAGCCAGCAGAGGGGCCCGGUGCCAACACGGAGGCCUCUCUGAAGGGCAGGGGGACGGGGGAAAGGACCUCCUUCAGGCAGAAAGACUCCGGCCGGACCACACUGGGGAAAAUCCUCCACCCCUUAUGGAAGUGACGGGUGCCUGUCCCCCCUCACCUCCUGGCACGUCAUGCGGACUGACUGCUGUGAAAGGCCAACGCCGAGUGACUCUUCUACAUCAAGGGAAUCGCCGGUGCCACCUGCUAGUGCUCCUGUCGCUGAAGGUACCCUCUGGGAGGCCUGUGGGCUGCCACCUGCAGCGCCGACUCCUGCCGUCGAGUUCCCAUGCACCCCCGUCCUGGACCAGCACCUCCCGCACACACCCCCAAAGUGUGCACAGGCACCUCUACGCCAAAAACAGACUCGGGCGUGUGAGAUGGCAUUCGUACGCAACAAGUAAACAAGGAAUUCUGGCCAGUUUUUAGAAAUCAGAGGCUUAUUUUUCAAUAUAAAAAUUCAGUGUUUUAGUUGGUUCCUUUUGCAGAGUGAAUGGGAAAAAAAGACAGAAGAAAAACUGCUUUGUAUGAAGAUGUUUUCAUCUUCCUGUGUCCUUGGUCUCGGGGUUCCACCUGCCUGCACACCGACCAUUGCUGGCAGCUCGGCUUCGCCAUGAGCCCUGGGCGUCCUGUGGUUGCACCGAGUCCGUGAGACUCUUCCUGGCUCACCUCUCCCUGCCUGACUUGGGAUGAGGGUUUGCGUGUGAGCAGGAGGGAAAGUGAGCCUGGUGGGUGGAGACCGGUGCUCCUGUGGCUCCGUGUGGGCACCGUGGGCAGCGGGACGUGCGUUUUGGGGGCCUGUGGCUGCCGGGAGCGCUUCCCUGCGGACGGGUGGCAGGCAGCCCCUGGGAGAAUGCUGCAUCUUUCAGGGUGUAGAAGUGCCAUAUUUUCAUGGAACGUCAUGGGGCUGCUCAGCAGAUCACACCUCUCCCAUCCCACGUCUUCGCAUUUGUGUUUCUGUUGUACGACUGAGUAACGGCUGCUACGACUUGUGUUCGCUCUGGUUACAGGGGAGGAAAAACCUUUCUGUCUCCCAGUCUUUCUUCUCCGUCUUCUCUUUGCUCCCAGCCUCCUUUGCUCAUGUGACCUGAAACCUGGCGUGUCUCUCUCUCUCUCUCUCUCUCUCUCUCUCUCUCUCUCUCUCUCUCUCUCUCUUUCUCCCUCCCUUCCUCCCACCCCCUCUCUCUCCCCCUCUCCAUUCCUCCUUCUCUCUCUCUCUCUCUCUCUCUCUCUCUCUCUCUCUCUCUCCUCUCUCUCUCAACAGUAAUACUUACAAAUGUUGACGUCUAUUCUUUGGUAUAGUGGUUUUGAAAUCCUGAGAAAAACCAAAUCAAGUUUUUAAAAUCAGACUAAAAAGAAAAUAACUGUUAGAAGAAUUUGUAUCAUCAGGGACAAUUUGGAAUAAAGGCCUUCGUGCAGAGGAAAGGUGUGGGUGGGGGGACACUUUUUUCUACCCGGUUCCCACUUCACUAGUUCCCUCUGAGACUACUUGGGAAAUAGGGGAAUUCUUGAAACUUUUUUAUUUUUUAAAAAUUGCACCCCCCCCCCCAUUUUUGGUCACUUAUUAGUGAAACCUCAUUUCAGAUCCAACAGUGGUAGACGGAUUUAGGCAGAUAAGAUGUGUUACAAUCUCCCUCCCGUACAGUUUUGCCUCCCAACCAAAUUAAUUGGAAACUUGACUUCGAUGAGUCCGCUAAGUUGAAGGGGUAAACUUUAUGGUAGAAGAAGUUAGGCACCUGACCACAAAACCUCUUACGGAAAUAGCCCUGAGUAGGUAUUUCCGGGGCUCCGCAGAGAUGGUUAAUGGGAAUCCUGAAUUGUUUCUCACCAUCUCAAAAAGCCGGAGAAAUCAUUUAUUUAACCAUGCAGACCACAGCGGUCAAAACAUAGGGCCCAUGGGUGGAUGGGACAUGGAUGAAAGAGGUCAAAAAUUUGUGGAUUUGUGGAUAGAGAGGGGGUCAGGACUCCUGGUGAGACUCUAGGGACCAGGGAUCGAGUCCCUCCCUGUUCCAUCGCUGAUACUAGUACCUUGGGCAAGCCACUCCCUGUCCCUAAGCCUCUGCUUCCCAGUCUGCAGCAGUGGGGGCAUGGCCUCCAUGAUGGUCUCCAGGGGUCCUUCUAGCUACAGCAGUCGGAGUCAUAAACACCCAGGGACCAGCUCUGCCCUGGGAUCAGCUUCUUAGAACCAACCCCCCGCAUCUCUUCAGCAGAGGCCUCCUGCAAAGGCCUGCUCAAAACACCUCCAGAAUGAGUCGUCGCUUUGAAACCCACUCAGCCACUUUCCUGAGAAGUGGUGUUUUAAUUUACUUAGCCCUGUGGACAACUUCUGUGUUUGCAUCUGUACGAGCAGGUGAUCAUUCUAUUACCUUUUAUCGGUAGUAAGCUUGGACAAAAUAAUUUAAGUAUAUAAUGGAGAAGUGUAAAUAAGUUUCUAUAUGAAAUUGUUUAAGAUGAACAAUUAAGAUGUAUUUAAAGGUCCAUUUAUAUGUUCUUUUACGUAACACGUACUUAAAUAAAGUUCCUGUUUAUGGGA